ACUUUGGCAACAAACAACAAAGAGAGAAACAUGGCGUCUUUUGCAACCAUCGCCGCCGUACAACCUUCCGCCGCCGUGAAAGGACUUGGAGGUAGUUCUCUCGCCGGAGCUAAGCUCUUCAUCAAGCCUUCUCGCCAAAGCUUCAAAACCAAAUCCACCAGAGCUGGUGCUGUGGUGGCUAAGUAUGGAGACAAAAGUGUAUACUUUGAUUUAGAAGAUUUGGGUAACACAACAGGACAAUGGGAUGUUUAUGGAUCUGAUGCUCCUUCUCCAUAUAACCCACUUCAGAGCAAGUUCUUUGAGACAUUUGCUGCUCCUUUCACAAAGAGAGGUUUGCUUCUCAAGUUUUUGAUUCUUGGAGGAGGUUCUUUGCUUACUUAUGUCAGCGCGAACUCAACCGGCGAUGUUCUUCCCAUUAAGAGAGGUCCUCAAGAGCCGCCUAAGCUCGGUCCUCGCGGCAAGCUUUAAAUUAGCUUUCUAAAGCUUUGAAAAAGUCUGAAACUUUCUUCCCAAUUCUGUGAACCCUUUUUAAUGAUUUAUGUAUAUUGUUGUGUUGUGUUAAUUGCUUUGUAAGCUAGUGAUGAAUCAAUGAAAAAGCAUUUCAAGU